UUUGGUCCUGNGCUGUGUGGGACUUCUGCAGUUGCCAACAUGUCUUUGGUCCUGCUUUCUGUCCUCUGGCUCAUUGUACAAACUGAAGCAAUAGCCAUAAGACAAACACCUGAAUUAGAACUCUACAAAGUAGUUCGUCCUAAAAAACUACAGAUCAACCAGACAGAGACGCUUGGUAAAGAGGAAAGAUAUGAACCUGAACUUCAGUAUCAGAUUAUAUUAAAUGGAGAAGUCAUUCUCUACCUACAAAAACGCAAGCAUCUCCUGGGGCCAGACUACACUGAAACUUACUACUCACCCGGAGGAAAGGAAAUCACCACACGCCCUCAGAACGUGGAGCACUGCUACUACAAAGGCUACAUCCUGAAUGAAAAGAAUUCCGUUGCCAGCAUUAGUACUUGUAAUGGGCUGAGGGGAUACUUUACACAUCGCGACCAAAGAUAUAUGAUAAAGCCUCUGAAAAGCACAGACCAAGAGGAACACGCUGUCCUCACGUAUAAGCAGGAGGAGCCAGACUCGGCCAACCACACCUGUGGUGGAAGAGCUGUUGGCAGGAAACGCCGCCCCAUUCGAACCUCUAGGUCACUCGAUGCCCGAGAGCAAGAACGCUUUCUUCGGGCGGAGAAAUACAUUGACCUCUUCCUGGUGCUGGAUAAUGCCUUUUAUAACUCCUCUAAGGGAAAUCUAACUUUAAUAAGAAGCUUUCUGUUUGAUGUGAUGAACCUACUCAAUGUGAUUUAUAACACCAUAGAUGUUCAAGUGGCCUUGGUAGGUAUGGAAAUCUGGUCUGAUGGUGAUAAGAUAAAGGUGGAACCCAACACAGGCAUCACCUUUAACAACUUUCUGAAUUGGCAUCGUUCUAACCUGGGGAAAAUGAAGCCCCAUGACCAUGCUCAGCUACUCAGUGGAAUUACCUUCAACAGUCAUCGUAUAGGACUGGCAGCUUUGAAUUCCUUGUGUUCCCCAACUUCGGUGGCUGUUAUUGAGGCUAGGAAAAAGAAUAGUGUGGCUCUUGUAGGAAUGAUGUCACAUGAGUUGGGCCAUGUCCUUGGUAUGCCUGAUGUCCCAUAUAACACCAAGUGUCCCUCUGGGAGUUGUGUGAUGAAUCAGUAUCUGAGUUCAAAAUUCCCGAAGGAUUUCAGUAAAUCCUGCCGCUCACAUUUUGAAAGAUACAUGCUAUCUCAAAAACCAAAGUGCCUGCUGCAAGCACCAGAUCCCAAAAGUAUAAUCACAAAGCCAGUGUGUGGGAACCGACUUCUGGAAGUAGGGGAAGAAUGCGACUGUGGCCUUCCUGAGGACUGUCCCAAUCCUUGCUGUGAGGCCACGACCUGCAGGAUAAAACCUGGCGCUGGCUGUGGAGAAGAGACUCUGAACCAUACGAAGUAA